AACUUCAUUCCCCAACUGAAGAAUCACCUUUUAUCUCGCCUUCUUGGCUUGGACUUCGACGGGGACGAACACGAGUACACGGCAGCGCAGCGUGACUCCGUGAUCAUACUGGGAAACAAGAUUUACCAUCACAAAGUCUUACGGGUGAACUACACGACAUACGACAUACGACGGAACCAGGAUUCCAUGAACUCACACGCUCAUUGCGACAUUAUGAUUCAUUCUUGUGAGUCGGGUCCGGGAGUCCAUCCAUACUGGUAUGCUCGUGUUAUUGGAAUAUUCCACGCCUCCGUUGUUCAUGCUGACGCCACGGCCACCAAUCGCUCACUUCAAUGCAUCGAGUUUCUUUGGGUACGCUGGUUCGGCAUCGAUCCUGAUCACCGAUACGGAUCCCACCGAGCACAUCUCCCCAAGAUCGGGUUUGUUCCCGAAUCAGACCCAUGUGCAUUUGGCUUCCUCGACCCUUCUCUGGUCAUUAGAGGGUGUCAUCUGAUACCAACCUUUGCUGAUGGUCGCACUUUGGAGCUACUCAGUUGCCCUGAUUCCAUAGCGCGAACCGCUGGCGAGGUGGACGACUGGGCAUCUUAUUAUGUCAACAUGUAG